GUAGGGUGGUUGCCCUGGUCAGGGGACUUGCGCGGCUCGGGUAACUUGAGGGCUGGUGACUGAUUGUCUCUCAAAGGCUUCGAGGUGCGCGGGUGUAUGCUGUGUCUUACGUGAUUGGAGACUGAGUCCAGUAUUGUUUUCUUCAACUUAAUCAGACAGACCAUGGAGGCACCUCCAGUCACCAUGAUGCCGGUCACUGGGGGCACCAUUAACAUGAUGGAGUACCUGUUGCAGGGUAGUGUUUUAGAUCACAGUUUGGAAAGCCUCAUCCACCGCCUUCGUGGUUUGUGUGACAACAUGGAACCUGAGACUUUCCUUGACCAUGAGAUGGUAUUUCUUCUUAAGGGCCAGCAGGCCAGCCCCUUUGUUCUAAGGGCUCGGCGCUCUAUGGAUAGGGCAGGGACACCCUGGCAUCUGCGCUACCUGGGACAGCCAGAAAUGGGAGACAAGAACCGCCAUGCCCUGGUACGAAACUGCGUGGACAUUGCCACAUCUGAGAACCUCACCGACUUCUUGAUGGAAAUGGGCUUCCGCAUGGACCAUGAAUUUGUUGCCAAGGGACACUUGUUCCGUAAAGGCAUCAUGAAGAUUAUGGUAUACAAGAUUUUCCGCAUCCUGGUGCCAGGUAACACAGAAAGCACUGAGGCCUUGUCACUCUCUUAUCUUGUGGAAUUAAGUGUUGUUGCACCAGCUGGGCAGGACAUGGUCUCUGAUGACAUGAGGAACUUUGCUGAGCAGCUGAAACCUCUGGUUCACCUAGAGAAAAUAGAUCCUAAAAGACUUAUGUGACUAAGAGGGUCUGUCUCUCUUUGGGGCCUGUCCUCAUCUGUUAGAAAAAAGAUGUUAUAGAUGCCCCAUUCCACCACUGACCAGGCAUUCAUCCUUCAGGAAGGAGGACAGUGAGAAUUUGGUUGGUUCUUUGUACUGUAUUCGUUGUGUAAUUUUACUUUCAUGGGAGCCUUUCUAAAUGAAAAAAGAAAGCCUCAUUAGAAAAAAAAAAAGGCUCAUUUAGAAAAGCUCAGGAUAAGGGCCGAGCCCGUGGCGCACUUGGUAGAGUGCUGCGCUGGGAGCGCGGCGACGCUCCCGCCGCCGCAGGUUCGGAUCCUAUAUAGGACUGACCGGUGCACUCACUGGCUGAGUGCCGGUCACGAAAAAACGACAAAAAAAAAAAAAAAAAAAAGAAAAGCUCAGGAUAACACGGAGAAUCCAAUUCCACUGCAUAAAUAGGGGAAACUGGAAGAAAUUAGCUUUUGGAAAGAAAAGUCCCUUAAUUGUUUUGCCAUUUGUGUGUAAGGUUUGUAACAUAGAGGCUAUGAGCUUGUAUUGUAUGGUAAUAAAGGCUAUGAAGGGAAAUGAUUAUGUAAUUCUGAUUCUUUACUCCUUUCCCCUGCUAAUUUGGGGUGGAUUCAUUGCCAGUUGGAGCAAAAAAAAUGACAGUUUCUAGUUUUAUUUUUGAUAAAGAUGAUAGUUUUCACCUUUCAUAAAAGCAUGUUCGUUGUUGAAAAAUCUUGAAAUACAGAAAAAAUAAUAAAAAUA